AUGGUGGUCCAGGGCGCAAGCUCCAAGGAGCAGAGCUACCUGUCAGCUCUGGCUAUCCAGCCCAAAGAUGCGAAUCCGGACCGCCUGUACGAGAAACUCGAGAUCAUGGGAAAGGGGGCAUACGGAGCUGUGUACAAGGGGCAACAUCGCUCUACUGGUCACAUCGUCGCCCUCAAGAUCAUCAACCUCGAUACAGAAGAUGACGACGUCGGGGAUAUCCAGAAGGAGAUCAGCCUGUUGCAGCAGCUCAUGCGAAGCGCAAAGGACGGGAUCUUGCCGAACGUCAUCAAGUACUAUGGGAGCUUGAUGGACGGGCCGAGAGUGUGGAUCAUCAUGGAGCUGGCCGAGGGUGGAAGUAUCAGGACAUUGUCCCGUGCCCAACCCCUCAAAGAACAACAUAUCUGCCUCAUCAUGCGGGAAACUCUGAUCGCCCUCAACUUUCUGCACAAGCAUGGCGUCAUCCACCGAGAUCUCAAGGCGGCAAAUAUCCUCCUUACAGCAUCACCCACCCGCGUCCUCCUAUGCGAUUUUGGCGUCGCCGCACUCCUCUCCUCGACCGCAUCGAAGCGUUCCACCUUUGUCGGUACACCCUACUGGAUGGCUCCCGAAGUGGUCACCGAGGGUCGGAUGUACGACGCCAAGGCGGACAUCUGGUCCCUCGGCAUCACUCUCCUCGAGAUGGCAUAUGGAGAACCGCCUCUAUCCGGUCAACCUGCUGCACGCGCUGUAGCGCUUCUUGGCGACAAGAAGCUUCGAGCGCCGCGCCUCGAAGGGGAGCACUGGAGCAAGGACAUGAAGGAGUUCGUGACGGCGUGUUUGAACGAAGAGCCAGGGGAUCGGAUACCGGCGGAAGAGCUGAGUCGGAUGCGGUGGAUACGGAUGACGGCCAAGACUCCGCUCACGUCGCUGGGGGAGUUGAUCACCAAAUUUCUGCACUGGAAGGAGAGUGGAGGGCAGAGGCAGAGUCUCGCACCGGGGAUGGGAGCGAGGGUGGACGACGAGGAUCACGAGCUGCCUGUUGGGGAUUGGGCGUUUGACACGGUCCGAUCCAGGAUGAGCAUGCUAGGAGGUGACAGCGGGGACAACUCUGAUUCAGACCUCUCACCACCCACCGCACGCCCCGCUCCCCAAUCCCUGCGGCGCCUAUUCCACGACGAGGACUCGUCCGACCCAGACCCCUUCCAAUCUUUCGCCCAUCAACAACCUGCUACACCGCAGACGGAUGGCUCCUCUUCCGUCGAACAAGAAGGACGGAUGCGUACCCCUCCCAUAAACGCCAUAGAGCUGCCUGACAUGGAGUCGGACUCGGCCUAUGACCCCUCCACAAUCCGCAUGGCCCGGCCGAAACUUCCCGAAAAGUCGCACGGCAAGACUCCCUCUUCGGCCAGCACAUCCACUAUCGACUCGGACGCUCCCUCCACCCAUCGCCUUGGCGAACAGGAAAUGCUUUCCCCGCCCAAGCUUCUGGGCAGGCCAAGCAUGGACACCCUCUCCUCUGCUCCCACUAGCAAGUCUCAGCCUGCGGAAGAUCCUCGUCGUCCGCCCGUCCGGCGUCCCGGCGGCUCAGUCGGAGACGGUCUACGCGGCUUCCAGUUCCCCCUCGUCGCCCCGCGUAUGCCGGACUCCACCCACUCUCCUCUCCGCCCACAGCCUCCUUCGCUUCAUCGUAUGCACUCCGCAGCUCCCGCGCUCGCAUCACCCGUUAAACCCCCUCCUAUACAGAUCCCCAUCGCAGGCCCCAGCCGGCCGCCCAUGAUGCGCCAAGCCUCUGUCGCGGUCAUGGAGGGGCGCGCUGCCAGUCAGACGCAAGCACAGGCGGAAGCGCUCGCGCUGGUAGGUGGAGACUCUACCAGUCCGACGAGGGGUCUUCCAUUACCGCCCGCAGGUCGGUUUGACCGGUUCGCCACGGGGACGGGUAUGGUGCGGACACGAAGUGGGAGCAGGGCGGAUGAUAUGAAUGGCUCUGCUGUUAAUCUGAGAGAUCUCAUCAAGUUAUCAGCGACGAUACCAGAUCAGGAAGACCUCUUACCACCCUCUCCGACAAGUGCUGUCCCACCACGCUACUUCCCACAACCAUCCCCUCUCAGCGCACCUCCUCCGCUCACGGCCACCACUAUCGUCUCGUCGUCUGGCUCUGCGGGGAACAGCCUGGGUCCGCCAGUCCGUCCGCUCGAUCUGGGAAGUUUAGAGGGGGACGAGGUGUUUGCUGAGCUGGAGCGGACGGUGGAGGAUCUAGGGGCAUGGUUGGAGUUGGUCAGUACGGGAUUGGAGGAUCUUUGCGCGAUGCCAUGGGAAGACGGAGAGGCGGUCCUGGCGGAAUGA